AGAUUUAAAAUUUUUCAAUCUCCUCACCGAUGCUAUUUCGUAGUAAUAUUUUUUAAACCUAAUUAAAUUUCUAAAUAACAAUGUAUUAUAUUUAUUACAAUAUUAUAAUUACCGAAUCAAUACUAGCAACGUUUUUACAAUCAGAUCAUUCUCUUCGUUACUCCUGGAAACAAGAGGUUUCCUUAGAAACAAGAUUGCCUACUACUAUAGAUUAAACCUUUAUACCUACUUAUAGAUUAAACUGGACAAAGAAACCAAAAUCGUUGUUCACUAGGUAUUCGUAUUUUAAAAGCAGUUACUAAUGUCUGGAAUGUCAAAGAUAAAAAUGGAUAUGGGACAAUCAAUGGUAAUUGUACCUCCACCGCCGCAAAGAUUUACUAUAAACGAAUGGAAGUUAAAUAACCGAUACAGGUAUCGCUGCUCGGAAGCUCAACAAGAACUUGCUGAUCGUCUCCUGGCUGAAUCUGACAGAGUGUGUGAACUUUCUGCAGAAACAGUUAAGGCUAACAAGGAGGAAACAGAUCAUUAUCUAAAAGAAAAAUUGGAUGAUAUUGAAUUCAGGAAACAGGAACUGCUUCGUGUGAGAAAGGAAGUACUUCUUGAAACAGAUGCACUGGCUACAUACAAAGAACGUUUGAUGGAUGCGUUGUCUUCAGUUAAAAGAAAUGCUUUAGUAAUAUGUGAAAAAUGUUUGAUUGCUAGAGAACAUCGUCUAGGAAUUGAUAUGGUUCAUGAUAUUGUCGAAAUGGAGCUUCGUAAAGAAUGUGAAGUCAUAAAAGGAGCAGAGAAUCUAUUAAUAAGGACAUUGGAGCAGACCCAGGAGCAAAUUCGUAGAUUGAAAGCUACGCUUUAUUAUAUGGAUCAUGAUCUUGAGGAUAAGGAAAACAAUCUUCGAAUUGAUAGGCAUAAUCUAACGUUGAAAGAAACUAGCUUCAACUUGAGUCUCUAUCAUGGAACUGCUGCGCUGGAUCCUUCUACUAUAACAUUAAACGAAUGGGAGAUGCAGACAAAUAAUAAUAUCAUUGCUGCCUCCAAAGAGAUUAAUAGUGCAAGACCUAUGCGCUGUUACAUAGAUACAAUCCUUAAAGAAAUCAUUGAUGACCUGAAUGCUCAGAAGUAUGCCACCGAUGAGGCUUUCAGAAUCAGAAUCGAAGAGACCAAAGAAGCUAAAACGAAAUUGGAGUUACAGCAUUCAGAGAUAAUGAGACAAGCAAAUGAGAUGACCAGGAACAUAUCUCGAAUUGAGAAGUCCAUCGCCGAUAAGGAAGCAUAUAUGGCUUUAGCACAUACUAGACUGGGUAAUCGAUGUCAGCGACCUGGUUUGGAGCUGACUCGCGAUCUAGUCGAAACUUAUCUCGUAAAGGAAGUAUACGAUUUGAGACAAGUCGUAUCUGAUUUACAGCAAACGUUGUGCGAGGCACAGGCUUCCCUGCGCUACUUGUUAAAAACGCAGAUUCAACUUGAAGAGGAUAUUAAUGUUAAAACAAAUACUUUAAAAAUUGAUGAAGUCGAAUGCAUGACCCUACGUCAGAGUAUGGACUAUCAUGCAUACUAAAAAGAAUUCAUUCCAAAUGAUCUUAUGGCACCAUAAUGUUUUGUACCCAUUAUUUUACCUCAAAACUUUAUACGAUAUGAUAUUUACAUAUUUUGUAACACUAUAAUAAAAUUAUAUAUAACUUUUGUUCUAAACUCUCAGAAUAACAACUUCAAGUACUUUUAUUCUUAGCUAGGAUUUCAGAGUCCUCAGUGUUAAUAUCUAACUUUAUUGUUUUUUGAAUCAUUUUAAUAUUCCAAACACUUAAUUUAUUAAUAUAUCAAUUUGAG